AUGUGCAGUGCUGGAGCAAUUUCAGCUUUACUUUUCCCUUUGAUCCACUCUCUGUAUAGUACGGCCAGCCCCAGCAUGCUGAAGAGGAAGCAGAGCUCGAGGGUUGAGGCCCAGCCCAUGACUGACUUUGGGCCCGACGAAACCCUCGCCGACAGCGCCGACAUCUUCUGGAUCAACAAACCAUGGGUGCAUUCUCUGCUGCGAGCCUGUGCCAUCAUCAGCGUCAUCAGCGUGUGUAUGAACACACCCAAGACGUUCGAGCACUACCCCCCGCUGCAGUACGUGACCUUUACCCUGGACACGCUGCUCAUGUUCCUCUACACCGCCGAGAUGAUCGCCAAGAUGCACAUCAGAGGAAUCAUCAAGGGUGAUAACUCGUACGUCAAGGAUCGCUGGUGUAUGUUUGACGGCUUCAUGGUCUUCUUCCUCUGGGUGUCUCUGGUGCUUCAGGUGUUUGAGAUAGCGGAUGUUGUUGACCAGAUGUCUCCCUGGGGCAUGUUGAGAAUCCCCAGAGCCCUCAUCAUGAUCCGAGCCUUCAGGAUCUACUUCCGCUUCGAGCUGCCACGCUCACGCAUCACCAACAUCCUCAAGCGAUCAGGGGAACAGAUCUGGAGUGUGUCGAUAUUCUUGCUCUUCUUCCUCCUUCUGUAUGGAAUUCUGGGAGUUCAGAUGUUCGGAACGUUCAAUCAUCACUGCGUUACCAACGACACAACGAAUGGUACUGUGACAUGGAACAGCCUGGCCAUCCCCGACACCCACUGUUCGCCAGACGGGGAGGGCUACCUGUGUCCUUUGGGCUUUAAGUGUGUGGACUUGGAAGAACUGGGGCUCAGCAGACAGGAGCUGGGCUACAGCGGCUUCAACGAGCUCGGUACGAGUAUCUUCACCGUGUACGAGGCAGCCUCUCAGGAGGGCUGGGUGUUCCUUAUGUACAGAGCCAUCGACAGUUUCCCUCGCUGGCGCUCCUACUUCUACUUCAUCACGCUCAUCUUCUUCCUGGCCUGGCUUGUCAAGAAUGUUUUCAUUGCGGUCAUCAUUGAAACGUUUGCUGAGAUCAGAGUUCAGUUCCAGCAGAUGUGGGGGUCCCGAAGCAGCACCACCUCUACUGCUACCACACAGAUGUUCCACGAGGACUCGGCUGGAGGAUGGCAGCUUGUUGCUGUGGACGUCAACAAACCACAUGGCCGCGCACCAGCCUGCCUCCAGCAACUGAUGCGCUCCUCCAUCUUCCACAUGUUUAUUCUGACUAUGGUUGCCGUAGACGUAAUCGUUGCCGCUAGCAACUACUACAAGGGCGAGAACCACCAAAGGCACUAUGACGAGUUCUACCUGGCUGAGGUUGCCUUUACAGUGCUGUUUGACCUGGAGGCUAUGCUUAAGGUCUGGUGCCUGGGCUUCACGGGCUACAUCAUCUCCUCUCUACACAAGUUUGAGUUGCUGCUGGUGGUGGGGACCACCCUGCACAUCUACCCUGACCUCUACCACUCCCAGUUCACCUACUUCCAGGUACUGCGAGUGGUACGUCUGAUAAAGAUCUCCCCGGCACUAGAGGACUUUGUGUACAAGAUAUUUGGUCCCGGUAAGAAGCUGGGCAGCUUGGUGGUGUUCACAGCGAGCCUGCUCAUAGUCAUGUCAGCCAUCAGUCUACAGAUGUUCUGCUUCGUGGAGGAACUGGACCGAUUCACCACCUUUCCCAGAGCAUUCAUGUCUAUGUUCCAGAUCUUAACCCAGGAGGGUUGGGUGGACGUGAUGGACCAAACUCUUGUGGCCGUCGGUCAAAUGUGGGCUCCCGUAGUGGCUAUCUACUUCAUCCUCUACCAUCUGUUCGCUACUCUGAUUCUGCUCAGUCUUUUCGUGGCCGUCAUCCUUGACAAUCUAGAGUUGGAUGAAGACUUGAAGAAACUCAAACAACUGAAGCAAAGUGAGGCGAACGCAGAUACCAAAGAGAAGCUGCCCCUACGUCUAAGGAUCUUUGAGAAGUUUCCUAAUCGGCCCCAGAUGGUCAAGAUCUCCAAGCUGCCAUCUGAUUUCACUGUGCCCAGAAUCAGGGAGAGUUUCAUGAAGCAGUUCAUCGAUCGGCAGCAGCAGGACACCAGCUGUCUGUUCCGCCGUCUUCCUUCUGCAUCCUCCUCUUCCUGUGACCAUUCCAAGCGAUCCGCCAUAGAAGACAACAAAUACAUCGACCAGAAGCUCCGCAGGUCAAUAUUCAGCAUCAGAGCUCGCAACCUCCUGGAGAAGGAAACUACUAUCAAUAAAAUUCUCCGGGCUUGUACCAGACAGCGUAUGCUGAGUGGAUCCUUCGAGGGCCAACCACUGAAAGAGCGCUCCAUCCUCAGUGUCCAACACCAUAUACGCCAAGAACGCAGGUCUCUGAGACAUGGCUCCACUAGUCAGAGGAUCAGCAGAGGAAAGUCCCUGGAGACACUCACACAAGAUCAUUCCAGCACAGUGCGUUAUCGUAACGCCCAGCGAGAAGAUAGUGAGAUCAAGAUGAUCCAGGAGAAAAAGGAGCAGGCCGAGAUGAAGCGGAAGGUCCAGGAAGAGGAACUGAGGGAGAACCAUCCUUACUUUGACAAACCUCUCUUCAUUGUGGGGAGAGAGCACCGCUUCAGAAACUUCUGUAGGACUGUAGUGCGGGCACGCUUCAAUGCAUCCAAAACAGAUCCUGUAACAGGAGCGGUGAACUCCAAAUACCACCAGCUUUAUGAUCUCCUGGGGCUGGUUACCUAUCUGGACUGGGUGAUGAUCGUAGUGACCAUCUGCUCCUGUAUCUCCAUGAUGUUUGAGUCUCCUUUCACCAGGGUCAUGCAUGUACCCACUCUACAGAUAGGAGAGUAUGUCUUUGUCAUCUUCAUGAGUAUCGAGCUGAACCUGAAGAUCAUGGCGGACGGCCUGUUUUUUACUCCCACGGCCGUCAUCAGAGACUUCGGAGGAGUCAUGGACAUCUUCAUCUACCUCUGUAGUCUGAUCUUCCUGUGUUGGCUGCCUCCUAACGUGCCUCCGGAGUCUGGGGCUCAGCUGUUGAUGAUGCUGAGGUGUCUUCGCCCCCUACGCAUCUUUAAACUGGUGCCCCAGAUGAGGAAGGUGGUGCGGGAGGUCAUCAAGGGCUUCAAGGAGAUUUUCCUGGUCUCCAUCCUGCUCCUGACACUAAUGCUGGUGUUUGCAAGCUUCGGCGUCCAGCUCUUUGCUGGAAAACUAGCCAAGUGCAAUGACCCCCACGUAUUCCUUCGGGAGGACUGCCAUGGAAUCUUCCGGAUCAACGUGAGUGUGUCUAAAAACCUCAAUCUCAAACUAAGACCAGGAGAGAAGAAGCCUGGCUUCUGGGUGCCAAGAGUGUGGGCCAACCCUCGCAACUUUAAUUUUGACAAUGUGGGUAAUGCCAUGCUGGCUUUGUUUGAGGUCCUGUCACUCAAAGGCUGGGUGGAGGUCCGUGAUGUCAUCAUUCACCGCGUCGGACCGAUCCACGGUAUCUACAUCCACGUGUUUGUCUUUCUGGGCUGUAUGAUUGGACUCACUCUGUUUGUCGGAGUGGUCAUCGCUAACUUCAAUGAGAACAAGGGUACUGCUCUGCUGACAGUGGACCAGAGGAGGUGGGAGGACCUGAAGAGUCGACUGAAGAUUGCCCAGCCUCUCCACCUCCCCCCACGCCCAGAGAAUGCAGGGUUCCGUGCCAAGAUGUAUGACAUCACUCAGCACCCCUUCUUCAAACGGGGUAUCGCUGUGCUGGUUUUGGCCCAGUCAGUGCUGCUGUCUGUCAAGUGGGACGUAGAUGACCCAGUAACAAUGCCACUUGCUACCAUGUCAGUGGUCUUCACCAUUAUCUUUGUGUUAGAGGUGACGAUGAAGUUCAUAGCUAUGUCCCCGGCGGGGUACUGGCAGAGCAGACGGAACCGCUACGAUUUACUGGUGACAAUACUGGGAGUCAUCUGGAUAGUCUUGCACUUUGCUCUACUGAAUGCAUAUACUUACAUGAUGGGCACCUGUGUGAUCGUCUUCAGGUUCUUCACCAUCUGUGGGAAGCAUGUGACUCUGAAGAUGCUACUGCUGACAGUCGUGGUCAGUAUGUAUAAAAGCUUCUUCAUCAUCGUGGGAAUGUUCCUCCUCCUCCUCUGCUACGCCUUCGCUGGAGUCGUCCUAUUCGGAACCGUCAAAUACGGAGAGAACAUCAACAGGCAUGCUAACUUCUCCACGGCAGGCAAGGCCAUCACGGUUCUGUUCCGUAUUGUCACUGGGGAAGACUGGAAUAAGAUCAUGCAUGACUGCAUGGUGCAGCCUCCGUUCUGCACCCCCGAUAAGCAUCGCUACUGGGAGACGGACUGUGGGAACUACGCAGGGGCACUCAUCUACUUUUGCUCCUUCUAUGUCAUCAUUGCUUACAUCAUGCUCAACCUCCUCGUGGCCAUCAUCGUGGAGAACUUCUCUCUCUUCUACUCCACUGAGGAGGACCAGCUACUGAGCUACAACGACCUCCGACACUUUCAGAUUAUCUGGAACAAUGUGGAUGACAAGAGAGAGGGAGUGAUCCCAACAUCACGGGUGAAGUUCCUGCUGCGUCUGCUGAGGGGCAGGCUGGAGGUCGACCUGGAUAAGGACAAGCUGCUGUUCAAACACAUGUGCUAUGAGAUGGAGAGGCUGCACAACGGAGGGGACGUCACCUUCCACGACGUGCUCAGUAUGUUGUCAUACCGCUCAGUGGAUAUCAGGAAGUCUCUACAGCUGGAGGAGCUGCUGGCUAGAGAGCAGCUGGAGUACACCAUAGAAGAAGAGGUGGCCAAGCAGACCAUACGCAUGUGGCUCAAGAAGUGCCUCAAACGCAUCCGUGCUAAGCAGCAGCAGUCGUGCAGCAUCAUCCACAGCCUGAGAGAGAGCCAGCAGCAGGAGCUCAGUCGCUUCCUUAACCCGCCCAGCAUACAGACCACCCUGCCUAGUGAGGACAUCAACGCUAACCAGGACCAUUCAACACAGCCAGAGUUGAGUGGUCUCCAACAGCUGCUGAGUCCUACUCUGUCAGACCGUGGGGGAUACAGACAGGACUCCUCAGAACGCCCUCAGAGGAAACUGGGACAGUGGAGACUACCUGCAGGUCGUACCAGUGUCAAGUCCAUGGUGUGUAAGAUGAACCCUGUGAGUGACGAAGCCUCCUCGGGGUCAGAGGUCAAGAAAUGGUGGACGCGUCAGCUGACCGUUGAGAGUGACGAGAGUGGUGAUGACCUCAUAGAUAUUUAA